AACAACAAUAAACUUAUUAUUUAGUCAAAACAAUUAACAUCGAAUUAAGAGGAGUACACGAAAAAUGUCUUUAAAAGUAGGAAAAACUUUUAGCCAGAAUUCGUUAAAUAUCAUAAAGAGGAUGAAAGAUGCAGGCAUUUUUUGUGAUGCACUCCUUAAGUCGAGAGAUGGAGAAGAAUUUCCAGUGCAUAAAUGUAUCAUGGCUGCUUAUUCCUACUAUUUUGAAAUCUUAUUCAUCAAUACAAUGGUUAGAGAAGAAAGACAAGUAUUUCAAUUAAAAGAUAUCGACAAAGAAAUUCUUCAAUGCAUCAUAGAUUAUAUUUAUUGCGGAAAAAUCGAACUGAAUACAGAAAAUGUUCGUAAAAUUUUCCAUGCCGCUAAUGAGUAUUUGUUGUCAGAAUUAAUGAAUGAAUGUUGUUCCUAUAUGAUAGAUCAUCUAAACGCAAAAAAUUGCAUUUCUAUUAAAAACACAGGAAAAACUUAUGGAAAUAUCAUCUUAGAACAAUCUGCUCAUCAAUAUUUAAUGAAAUAUUUUGCAGAAGUCUCGAAACAAAACGAAGAAUUGAUGCAUGUGACAGUGGAAGAACUCGCAAACAUCUUGAAUUGUGCAGAAUUAAAUGUUAAAGAAGAAGAAUUAGUUUGGGACACGGCAUUGCGCUGGAUAGACAUAAAUCCACAAGAAAGAAAAAAACAUAUGCCUGCCUUAUUGAAAUGCAUUCGUCUAGGCCUUCUCGAUUCUGAUUUUUUCAUGAGAACUGUGAGGAAACAUCCAUACGUCACAGAAAAUGAAGAUUGCUAUCCUCUGAUAAUGGAAACAUUAGAAUUUCUAAACGAUUUAGAUACCAUAAGCCAGAGAUCAGAAGAAAUUCUAACUCCAGACUUAGUUCGGCCUCGCAUCCCUCACGAAAUAAUUUUUGCUGUAGGGGGAUGGAGCUCUGGAUCACCAACCGAUUACAUCGAGACAUACGAUAGCCGAGCAGACAGAUGGGUAAAGAUGACUGACGUUGAUCCUGCUGGACCAAGAGCUUAUCACAGAUGUGCAGUAAUCGAUCAUACUAUCUAUAUAAUUGGUGGAUUUGAUGGAAUGAAUCAUUACAGUGGAUGCCGCUGUUUAGAUACCAUCAACAAAAAGUGGAAAGAAAUAGCUCCGAUGCAUUGCAAACGAUGUUAUGUGAGUGUAGCAGUACUAGAUAAUUUGAUAUACGCCAUGGGUGGAUACAAUGGGGCGCAACGACACAAUACCGCCGAGAGAUAUGAUUAUAGAACAAAUCAAUGGACGAUGAUUGCACCAAUGCAUAUGCAACGAAGUGAUGCCGAUGCCACAACUCUGGACGGUUUCAUUUAUAUCAUCGGCGGUUUCACAGGACAACAUUGCCUCGAAUCGGCCGAACGGUACAACCCGCAGACUAAUCAAUGGACUCUAAUUUCAAAUAUGAGAAGCCAAAGAAGUGGUUUAUGUUGCAUCGCUUUCAAAGAUUGCGUAUAUACUCUGGGUGGCUUCAAUGGCUUUGAAAGAUUGAAAACUGUAGAGAAGUAUAAUCCUCAUUAUAAUACGUGGUCAGAUGUACCUGAUAUGAUAACAACAAGAAGUAAUUUUGCUGUAGAAGUUAUCGACGAUAUGAUAUUUGCCAUCGGUGGAUAUAACGGAGAGAGUAUCAUAUGUCAAGUCGAGUGUUACAGCGAAGCAACUAGUCAGUGGUACGAAGCAACAGACAUGAACAUUUUUCGUUCUGCAUUGGCUGCUUGUAUAAUAAAGAACAUACCUAAUACCACUGAUUACAUCCACAAACACCGAGACAAAUUGCUCGAAGAAAAAAGACAAAGACUUCGGGAAUUGAGAGAAAUGGAAACAGAAAUGGAUCAUCGAAUUAAGAGGAGUACACGAAAAAUGUCUUUAAAAGUAGGAAAAACUUUUAGCCAGAAUUCGUUAAAUAUCAUAAAGAGGAUGAAAGAUGCAGGCAUUUUUUGUGAUGCACUCCUUAAGUCGAGAGAUGGAGAAGAAUUUCCAGUGCAUAAAUGUAUCAUGGCUGCUUAUUCCUACUAUUUUGAAAUCUUAUUCAUCAAUACAAUGGUUAGAGAAGAAAGACAAGUAUUUCAAUUAAAAGAUAUCGACAAAGAAAUUCUUCAAUGCAUCAUAGAUUAUAUUUAUUGCGGAAAAAUCGAACUGAAUACAGAAAAUGUUCGUAAAAUUUUCCAUGCCGCUAAUGAGUAUUUGUUGUCAGAAUUAAUGAAUGAAUGUUGUUCCUAUAUGAUAGAUCAUCUAAACGCAAAAAAUUGCAUUUCUAUUAAAAACACAGGAAAAACUUAUGGAAAUAUCAUCUUAGAACAAUCUGCUCAUCAAUAUUUAAUGAAAUAUUUUGCAGAAGUCUCGAAACAAAACGAAGAAUUGAUGCAUGUGACAGUGGAAGAACUCGCAAACAUCUUGAAUUGUGCAGAAUUAAAUGUUAAAGAAGAAGAAUUAGUUUGGGACACGGCAUUGCGCUGGAUAGACAUAAAUCCACAAGAAAGAAAAAAACAUAUGCCUGCCUUAUUGAAAUGCAUUCGUCUAGGCCUUCUCGAUUCUGAUUUUUUCAUGAGAACUGUGAGGAAACAUCCAUACGUCACAGAAAAUGAAGAUUGCUAUCCUCUGAUAAUGGAAACAUUAGAAUUUCUAAACGAUUUAGAUACCAUAAGCCAGAGAUCAGAAGAAAUUCUAACUCCAGACUUAGUUCGGCCUCGCAUCCCUCACGAAAUAAUUUUUGCUGUAGGGGGAUGGAGCUCUGGAUCACCAACCGAUUACAUCGAGACAUACGAUAGCCGAGCAGACAGAUGGGUAAAGAUGACUGACGUUGAUCCUGCUGGACCAAGAGCUUAUCACAGAUGUGCAGUAAUCGAUCAUACUAUCUAUAUAAUUGGUGGAUUUGAUGGAAUGAAUCAUUACAGUGGAUGCCGCUGUUUAGAUACCAUCAACAAAAAGUGGAAAGAAAUAGCUCCGAUGCAUUGCAAACGAUGUUAUGUGAGUGUAGCAGUACUAGAUAAUUUGAUAUACGCCAUGGGUGGAUACAAUGGGGCGCAACGACACAAUACCGCCGAGAGAUAUGAUUAUAGAACAAAUCAAUGGACGAUGAUUGCACCAAUGCAUAUGCAACGAAGUGAUGCCGAUGCCACAACUCUGGACGGUUUCAUUUAUAUCAUCGGCGGUUUCACAGGACAACAUUGCCUCGAAUCGGCCGAACGGUACAACCCGCAGACUAAUCAAUGGACUCUAAUUUCAAAUAUGAGAAGCCAAAGAAGUGGUUUAUGUUGCAUCGCUUUCAAAGAUUGCGUAUAUACUCUGGGUGGCUUCAAUGGCUUUGAAAGAUUGAAAACUGUAGAGAAGUAUAAUCCUCAUUAUAAUACGUGGUCAGAUGUACCUGAUAUGAUAACAACAAGAAGUAAUUUUGCUGUAGAAGUUAUCGACGAUAUGAUAUUUGCCAUCGGUGGAUAUAACGGAGAGAGUAUCAUAUGUCAAGUCGAGUGUUACAGCGAAGCAACUAGUCAGUGGUACGAAGCAACAGACAUGAACAUUUUUCGUUCUGCAUUGGCUGCUUGUAUAAUAAAGAACAUACCUAAUACCACUGAUUACAUCCACAAACACCGAGACAAAUUGCUCGAAGAAAAAAGACAAAGACUUCGGGAAUUGAGAGAAAUGGAAACAGAAAUGGAUUAACAGACAAAUAAAAAAGAAGAGCUGUCAAAAAAUUGACAAAAUAUUUAUCCAAUAUUGUUCUGUUUAGGAAAUUAAUAAGAUUAUCUAAAUUCUCGCGUAAAUAAAGUUUGCCUUUUUGUUUAAGAAGGAAAACAUUAAACAUUUUUGUUUUUAUAUACAAUCAUUAUUCUACUUUAUAAGAUUAAAUAAAGUUAUA